UUAAAAGCUUUCAGGCUCCGCAUAUCAAAAAAGCUUCAUUAGCCAUUAAUCCAUUUCCCCAAAGACAACAAAAGCAAACAAACACAGAAAAAGAGAACACAGUGGCGGUUUUGCACUGAAACCAGACUCAAGCAAGAAUCUAUCGUUGCUUUCGCUAUAUCUUCUUUUACUUGUUCAGAUUUAUUUAUCCAUGGCUGAUCUAUACGGAACUUCUCCUUCUCCCCCUCCCCCUCCGGAGCCUGAAGAAAUCUCCUCCUUCCUUCACCAAUUCCUUCACAAUUCCUCAUCCUCCUCAGCCACUUCUUCUAAAUUCAUGCACCAUGCUCUCUCUUCUCUUCCUCCCCCGCCGCCGCCGCCGGGGGAGACUUCACCCCCAGAUGAAUUGUUGUUCGGCCGUUCCCAAGAUUGCCGAGCCGACGGCGGCAGCUCCUGCAUCAAUUUCUCUGAUCCCGGUGUUUAUUUAGCCAAAGAGAUUGCGGAAAAUGCUGUCUCUUCGGUUAUUUCAAGGAGGGGGUUCUCUGAGGAGAAUGAUCUAGGUGACCUAAGUUGCGAUAGCGAGGGUGCAGAUGUAUCAGAGGUGCCAUUGGAGACAGUACGGCCUAGAAGCUCCUCGAAGAGGAGCAGAGCUGCAGAGGUUCAUAAUUUAUCUGAAAAGAGGAGAAGGAGCAGGAUUAAUGAGAAAAUGAAGGCGUUACAGAAUCUUAUUCCAAAUUCUAACAAGACCGAUAAGGCUUCAAUGCUGGAUGAGGCAAUUGAAUACCUGAAGCAACUUCAGCUUCAAGUACAGAUGUUAACAAUGAGAAAUGGAUUAAGUUUGCAUCCCAUGUGCUUACCAGGAGUUCUACAGCCUAUGCAACUGCCCAUGACAGGAUUGAACUUUGAUGAAGGAAGUGGACUGUUAAAUGCCAAUGCAGCAGCAGGUACAUUUUCCGAGAAUGAUGAAAACUUAGCGCGAACUGCUCUUAGUCUUCCCAACAGGCGCACUGCAUCAAAUCAGCCAAUUGUUCUGCCUUCAGCAACAAACAUCACCUCCUCAGAAACUUCCUAUGGUUUUGAGCCGCUUGUUCAGGUUCAUUACGAACCCUUCAAUCUCUCCACAUCUUCAAAGGAAAUCUGCAGGGAAGGCACAGCACAAGCACCAUUAGAUGCAAAUCAAACGGUGAAGACCACUUCAUCCGGUGUGUCCUAAUUGAGAUCUUACCCGUAGAUGCAGGAUCAACAAAACUGCUACCAAUCCCUUUUUCCCCCCACCCUCCCAUUGCCAUAUAGGGUGCAAAUGGUCCUUGAAACUGCUGACAUAUAACACUUCAUCAGGUUAUUUAUGUUGUAACAGGUUCAUACAACUGUCGGAACCAAACUGUUUGAUAUACCUUAACUUCAAUAGAAAUGUUUUGUCCAAAAAUCUCUCAAGGUGAAAGCAAAGUGGGGACCCUUAAAUGUUUGAUAUCCCUUAAAUCUUUCAGAAAGCAAAGAUGAUCCUGUAGGGUUGAUGGGUGUGGUUAUUACUGCACUGUCCGAAGUCUGUAUUCAGAAGGAGAAAAUGAAGUGGAAGGAUAUUCUUGUUAUUUUCAUGGGCAUAUGACUACAUAUUUUGCCUUGUUAUUAAUCUUUGCUUGUGGAUCACUGUGAAUACCACAAGUAUCCAAUGAGUCAUAAUAUGCAAGUUCAUUUUUGUUCUCUGUUAAGCUUUUGUUAAAUCCAGAAUGAUCUUUGGCUGGA